UUAUACAAGUGUUUCUGUUUAAUUCAUCAGAUUUUGCAAGGCAAUUAUCAAGUCUCGCGGAGAAUUUAGCUAUGAGCAGGCUCAGCAGCGCAUCGAUGACCCAACAAUGAACGAUGAUCUAACAAAGUCUCUGAGAAAUCUCAACAAGUUGGCUAAAUGGCUGAAGAAAAAAAGGGUUAAUGCUGGAGCACUGGUAUUGGCUAGUAUGGAGGUAAAAUUCCAUAUUGAUCCUGACACAGACACUGUGGUUGACAUAGUAGCAAAACAGCACUUGGAGACAAUGAGCAUGGUUGAGGAGUUCAUGCUGCUUGCCAAUGUGACAUCUGCAGAGACUACACUCAAGCACUUCCCAGACUGUGCUCUUCUUCGCCGUCAUCCUCUCCCUCCACAAUCCAACUUUGAGCCCUUGUUGGCAGCAGCAAAAAGUCAGAAUAUUCAUUUAGAUGUUACAAGCAACAAAACAUUAGCUACCAGUCUAGAUAAUGCUACUAGGGAGAGUAAUCCAUUCUUCAAUAGCAUGUUGCGCAUCAUGACCACACGCUGCAUGAUGCAGGCACUCUAUUUCUGCUCAGGAACACGAGAACCUGCAGACUACUACCACUAUGGUCUAGCCACACCUAUUUACACCCACUUUACUUCACCUAUAAGAAGAUAUGCUGACAUCAUAGUGCACAGAUUGCUUGCAGUCAUUAUUGAGGCUGAUAGAACCUACCCUGACCUGCUAAAUCCAAAGAAGUUGGCAGAUCUUAGUCAGCACAUAAAUUACCGACACAAAAUGGCUCAGUAUGCAAGCCGAGGCUCGGCAGUAAUUACAGCCAUAGCUUCUCUGAGAGGAAAGGUGUCAGAAUUUGAUUCUUAUGUGUUGUUCCUGCACAAAAAUGCCAUCCAAGUGUUGGUGCCAACAAUUGGUCAGCAGCUGACUUUAUACUUGGAUAGCAGAAGCAAUAAGGAUAAAGACACAAAGUCUCAGGCUCAGAAAUCAUUACAAACAAUGGAAGUGGACGAGGAGAAACCAGCACCUGAAUUUGAAUUUAAUGAACAGGAACUGUAUGUGAAAUGUGGGGACGUAAUAAUUCGUCCCUUUGAUCAUCUUCGCAUACAAGUGACCGUAGAUGCUUCAGAUGUUCAGCAUCAGCGUGUUGUCUGCAAACUUAUUACUCCUGUCAUCCCAGGAUUUUCUGUUCCUCCACUUGAACAAGAAGAUGAAAAAAGGGAACAGAAAGUAAAGAAGAUGAAAAAGAAUUAGUUUAAGUUACUAUACAAAUUUAAAAGAUUAUGGGAGAUAUACAUUUUCACUGUAAUUAGAAAUUUGGAUAAUCUAAAGUUGAAGCAUAUUAAUACUUAUGUAUUUAUUAAUUUUUUCUUGAAGACUACUUUUUCCAUUUUUUUUUUUUUAUAUUUUUAAUACUGACUUAUGUAGAAUAUACAAAAGUUUUAAUUACAGUACUGCAUUAUGAAAUGCACUAUUUUCCUCCGAGUUUGAACAUACCAUAAUAUGAAAGUACAAAGGCUUAUAUUUUUUAUUGUGCUUGAGCAGCAUUAAACCAGUUUGUAAGUGAUAAAUCAAUAGCCAAGUACACUAUGGCAAUUUUAUAAAGAAAAACUACUCAAAACUUCUUUGUCAAAAACUUUGCCAAGGAUUUAACUUUUGUACACAAAAUUUUUGUAUAACUAAUGUUUUGGGGUGUGAGGUGAGGAGGAAGCAGGCAUACUUGGCUUCAGUGUUUUUAGGCACACAUUUAAUACCUAUUAGAAUGAAAAAACAUUUUCUGUAUCAAGUCUGAGACUACCUUUUAAUAGCAGAUAAUUCUGAAAUUUCUUGUGAACCAUUUUUUUCAUUUCUGAAUAAUCGGACUGAACUUCAACUUUUUAUUCAAACACAUUGAAAUUCCUUCUCAGAAAAUAGUGGAAGCGUUAGAUUAUGGGAUGCUAUUAGAAUAAUUAUAAGUACAACUGACUGUUAAUUAACAUUGUAUUUACAUUCUUAAAAAUGGCAUGCAAAUAAAGAAUCAUAUGGGAAAAAAUAGGGUUACUUUUCUUAGACCUCCUAAAGAAGCCAAACAGUUUUGUUUUUAGAUAUUGAAAUUGUAAAAAAAAAAAAAAAAUGUAAUUAUAGGUGGAUGCAGUGGGUAUUAUUUAUAUAAUACUUAUUGCUACAAAAAUACUGAUAUUUCUUACCUUAAAUUCUGGUUGCUGGUGUAUGUUAAUGAUUUUAAAAGGGGUACAGAGGGAUGGUGUGGCCCUCUACUGGUCUGAGUUGGACGAGUGGAUGGCUGAGAGAUGGCUUGGAAAUCAGCUCAUCUCCCAAAAUUAACCACACAAACACAUUAGAGGUAUAUAAUGUUGGUCCAGGGAUUGAGCAGUAAAGUUUUAAUAGCUAAUCAAAUUACAGUGGUAAUGAACUGUUUACAUGUUUAUAAGUAAAAUAGGUACCUGGGUGUUAGUCGACUGGUGGGUUGCAUUCUGGGGAUAAAACUGACUAAU